AUGUCUCGUAUUAUUGUGAAGGGUUUACCUGUCUACUUGACGGACGAUAAUUUAAAAGAGCAUUUUACAAAGAGGUUGCGUCAGAAGCACUCUCAUCAAGCUGUCAGUGGCAGCGGUCCAGACCUCAUAACGGAUGUUAAGAUUCUUAGGGACAGAAAUGGGGAAAGCAGAAGGUUUGGUUUUAUCGGUUACCGUAAUGAGGAAGACGCCUUUGACGCCGUCGACUAUUUCAAUGGCAGUUUUGUUAAUACUUCUAAGAUAGAGGUUUCCAUGGCCAAAAGUUUUGCAGACCCAGGAGUUCCGCAGCCUAUGAAGGAGAAGAGAAGGGAAGCUUACAAGAGAUUCAGAGAGAAUGAGGAAAAACUGCUUCAGGAACAAAACCAAAAGAAGGCGAAACUAGACGAUAAUAAGCACACCAACAUCGAUGAAGAGAUUCGUAAGAACAAGCAUUUACAAGAGUUUAUGGAAACAAUGAAGCCAAGUUCACAAGUAACAUCGUGGGAAAAGAUAGGCAUUGACAAGAGUAUAGAAGACAAAAGGCAACCACAACAACCAACAGAAGAUGACUCCCAUGUACAGGGGAACUCUUUAUUGGCACAUGCUUUGGCUUUGAAAGGAGAUGAUAAAGACGAAGCACCAAGACUGGUUAUUGAGCAUGAAAGUGAUGACGAGUAUUCUGCUUUCAACAACAACAAGGAUGAAGGUCAAGACAAUGAAGGAGAGGAAGAAAAGAUGAUAAGUCUAGAUAAUUUGGAGAACGCCAACGCAACCAUGGGCAAUGAUGAUGAUGAUGAUGAUAAUAACGAUGAAGCGGAAAACGAGAAAAGGAGAAGCCUCGCCCAAAAUGAGCAGGUCUCUGAUUUUGACUGGUUCAAACAACGUCGUAUCAGAAUUAAAGAAAGUGAGGGAGAAGCAAGAGAUAAGUUGGCCGCAGCCGCUGCUGAACAAAAUGACAACGGCGACGCUGAAGAAGAGACACAACCAGAACCAGUAGUUCCACAAAAAACUGACGAAGAACGGGCUGUUGAAAAAAUUAAUCAAACUGGUCGUUUGUUUUUACGUAACAUCCUGUACACUUCCAGGGAAGAUGAUUUCAGGAAGCUUUUCGGGCCCUUUGGAGAAUUAGAAGAAGUUCAUGUCGCUUUGGAUACCAGAACAGGCCAAUCCAAGGGGUUUGCAUAUGUCCUAUUCAAGGACCCCAAGAACGCAGUGGAAGCAUAUGUUGAAUUAGAUAAACAAAUUUUCCAGGGGAGACUAUUGCACAUUCUUCCUGGUGACGAAAAAAAGAGUCAUAGAUUGGAUGAAUUUGAUUUGAAGAACAUGCCGUUGAAAAAGCAAAAGGAACUUAAAAGAAAGGCUGCCGCAUCUAAACAGGCAUUCUCUUGGAAUUCAUUGUACAUGAACCAAGACGCCGUUUUAGGUAGUGUGGCUGCCAAAUUAGGUUUAGAAAAGUCCCAGUUGAUUGAUGCAGAGAAUUCAAAUUCAGCAGUUAAGCAAGCGCUGGCUGAAGCCCAUGUGAUUGGUGACGUUAGGAAAUACUUUGAAUCCAAAGGUCUCGAAUUGACCAAGUUCUCGCAGCUGAAAUCGACGAACCAAAGAGAUGAUAGAGUAAUACUCGUGAAAAAUUUCCCUUACGGAACAACUAGAGAGGAGCUCGGCGAAAUGUUUGUACCAUUUGGUAAACUAGAAAGAUUGCUCAUGCCACCAGCUGGUACAAUCGCUGUAGUCCAAUUUAGAGAUGCAACAUCCGCAAGGGCAGCGUUCACUAAAUUAUCAUACAAGAGAUUCAAAGAUGGUAUUUUAUAUCUGGAAAAGGGACCUAAGGACUGUUUAACUAAGCCCGCAGAGUCGGAUGACUUAGUUGAUGAAGCUUCUGCAAAGGAAGAAGAAGCGCCAGUCGAAAUAAAGCCUUCGUUGAACGAUCUAAUGGAAACAAACAAAGAUACUAAUGAGGAGACAUCAGCCACCCAUGACGAAGAUGUUAUCGAUGGUCCAACCGUCUCAAUUUUUAUCAAGAAUUUAAAUUUCACUACCACCAAUCAAGAUCUUACAGACAGAUUCAAAGUAUUUACCGGAUUUGUUGUUGCUCAGGUAAAGACAAAACCUGACCCAAAACAUCAAGGCAAAACUUUGUCCAUGGGUUUCGGUUUUGUGGAAUUUAGGACCAAAGAACAAGCAAAUGCUGUCAUAUCUGCUAUGGAUGGCACCGUAAUUGAUGGGCACAAAAUCCAAUUGAAAUUAUCUCACAGACAAGCAUCUCAUAACAAUAAUACGAAUGUUAAAUCCAAGAAGAAAAGCGGUAAAAUUAUCGUUAAGAAUUUACCAUUUGAAGCUACGAGAAAGGACGUUUUCGAAUUAUUCAAUUCUUUUGGUCAAUUGAAAUCCGUUAGAGUUCCAAAGAAAUUCGAUAAGUCUGCAAGAGGUUUUGCAUUUGUGGAAUUCUUAUUACCAAAGGAAGCAGAAAAUGCUAUGGACCAAUUACAAGGUGUCCAUUUGUUAGGCCGUAGAUUGGUCAUGCAAUAUGCAGAAGAAGAUGCAGUGGAUGCAGAAGAAGAAAUUGCUAGAAUGACCAAGAAAGUUAGAAAGCAAGUCGCUACUAAUGAAAUGGCAGCUUUAAGAAACAAAGGUGGUAGAAAGAAGUUAGAGCUUGAUGAUGAAGACAAUGAAGGCUUUUAG